CAGAAGUCCAGAGUGGAAGUCACCACCAGCAACAUGCAGUUGAUCUUUGAUGGACCGUUUGCUGGCCCCCCUAAACCAGCGCCAAGCACACCACAGUGUCACUACUGUAGCGGCUCGAGACUAAACAUGAACGCCGACGAUGCUUGCGGGGUAUGCAAGCGUCCUGAGAUCCCAGCUUGGUUGGCCGUGCCAAAGAUGCAUGUGGGCAUGAGAUUUAUCCUGCGCGGGGCUGUAUCCACGUUUGUGGGUGUGGUCACUGGUAUCAACGUAUUGAAGCGAACUGUGGAUGUGGUCACUGCCAGCAAGUCCACAGCAACGUCACGGCAUCCCACGUUUACCAAAAGGGAAUUGAGUGCAUCUGCGUUACAGUCCAACAUGCACGGAUUGCCGCUGGAAAGCCACUGGCAUGCGACGUGGGAUGCGUAUGGCUUUUGCCAGCACUGUGGCCUUACGUACCACGUACAUCGCAUCCCGAACCAGCCCACAAUGAUGGGAUCCGUUGCAGAGCAACUCGAGACCGCCAACGUUGCCUUGGAGGAACUCGUGGCUUUGAAACUCAAACGAAAAGCCCAAGGCGCGACGUCGCGGGAGUUGGUGCAGUUGUCCAUCCAAGUCAAAACCCACCAACAAUCGAUUUGGCAACUCCAGCAACUUCGUGAGCAAUGCCAAGGGUCGUGGUGCCCACACUGUGGCCACUCGAAAUAAGCUGCUACCUCAGCCCAUGAUUGGGUACCUAUGUGAAUCCGUCCUCCCACAUGAAUGUUACUGUAGCCGUAUCGAGGUACUGUAAUGUGGUGAUGCCAGUCAAGUUGAUUUGAUCAUCAUGUCAAC